CCUUGCAACGACUCCAGUAUGUCACAAUCGGCAAAGAGUGUGAUGUGGCGUGCAGCGAUAUCGUGUCCUAGGUGCAUGUAUGACGAGCCGAUGAAAGUCUUCAUCUUUUGCCGGUCGCUUUCGAAACAGUAUGACUGUUUUCCGUCAUCGAAAAUACCUUUCCAGAUGGUAUAAAGACUCCCGAGAAGUAUGUUGUUAGAAUCUCACCCCAUUCGCCUUCAAUCCAUAUCGCACAUCAAACUCCAAGCCUUCCCAAACCGUCCAAAUCAACUCUUCCAUCACCAUGUCUAACCUCGGAAAUGUCGCUGGUGGCCACAAGGCUAAUCUCAACAACCCCAACACCUCCGAAGAGUCUAAGCAACACUCCCGCGAGGUCCUCGAGCAGGAUUUGGAUGGCGGAAAUGUUGGGACCAGUGCCGACAGGGAUGAGAACAAGAAUCCCAACAACGUUGCUGGUGGUUUGAAAGCGACGCUGAAGAAUCCCAAUGUGUCCCAGGACGCCAAGGAUAGUGCUAAGGAGCGCUUGGAGGGGAUGAACUGAAGCUUCAGUCGUCCAUAGGUCUUACCUUAAGCAGGAGCGUUGUCCUCUUGGCGGUUUUUCGAGUGGAAUGUAACACCUUCAGAUAUUAAACAGUACCUACGC